CCGCCCGGCCGGGAGCGGAACCGCAGCCGGCCUCCGGGGAGCCGAGCCAGAACGGGAGCGAUCGGACUGGCGGCCGCUGGGACGGCGUUUUCCUUCGGGGCGGAGAACGACGAGCGGGGUUUGUGCGAGAGUUGAAUCAAGAAUGAUAGCCGCAGGGAAAUUUGCAAGUCUUCCCAGAAAUGUCUCGGUGAACCAUCAGUUCUCGUUAGCAUCGUCCAUGGACCUUUUGACCACCAAACCUUCACUAACUGAGCAUCGCUCAGACUCCUUUCAAGACAUAUCUAUCCAUGGCACUCUCCCCAGGAAGAAGAAAGGAACAGUUAAAGUUAGGGCUUGUGAUACGUUUAACCAUGUGGGAAUGUUACCAAACACCAGAACACAAAGGCAACAGCCACCUUUUGUACAGGAUGUCAUAGAAGAGUACCCUCUACAAAAUGGGAAGAGCAACAAACUCCAUACCAGAGAUCAGAAUAUUCCAGAUCCUACUUUGGAGUAUGUCAAGUUUUCUAAGGAGCGGCAAGUUAUGGACAACAGCCCAGAAAAACUGAAGAAAGAGCUAGAGGAAGAACUGCAGCUCAGCAGUGAAGAUUUGCGUAGCCAUGCCUGGUACCACGGACGGAUUCCUCGGCAGGUGGCAGAAGACCUAGUUCAGAGGGAUGGAGAUUUUCUGAUUAGAGAUUCUCUUUCCUGUCCUGGCAGCUUUGUUCUUACCUGUCAGUGGAAGAAUACCUCUCAGCAUUUUAAAAUCAACAGGAAAGUUCUAAGAUUAAGUGAAGCCUACUGCCGUGUUCAAUAUCAGUUUGAACUUGAAAGUUUUGACAGUAUCCCUGGCUUAGUUAGAUACUAUGUUGGGAAUCGCACACCAAUAUCAAAACAGAGUGGAGCAAUUAUUUUUCAGCCUAUCAACAGGACUGUGCCUCUCAGGUGUCUAGAAGAAAAGUAUGGCUUAACUCCAGACCGACAAAAAGAGCAAAGUAUCCCUGAAGAAAAAACAGAAACUGCAAAAAGACUGAGUCUUGGUAUAGCCAGCAUGCAGUCCCAGGAGCAGAGCAUACCCAGAGGAAAUCUUUUGAGAAACAAAGAAAAAAGUGGUAGCCAGCCAGCUAGUUUGGAUCACGUUCUGGACAAGAGAUUCCCUCUUAAAACUCACCAGUCGGAGAGCUAUCUGCUGAGAGGUUCAAGACAUUCCUCUCGAUUACCUGAAGCAGAUGCUGACUCCUGCCCAAGCUCUCCUGCAUUUAGAACAGGCAGUGAACCUUCUUUAAGCCCCACAGUUGUUCAGAAAGUAACCUAUGAUUCACAAGCAGGAGAAGCUCUUAGAGGAUCAGACAGCCAGCUCUAUCCAAAGCCUCCACCUAAACCCAGCAAAGCAGCCCUGCUGAAGACCCCAGAUUCUCCUACGGUUUCCCAUAGCUCAGAAGGACACUAUUGUGAGCUAAGCCUUGCCAGAGAUUCUGCAGCAACAAAACAACAUUUAUGCCAGAAAAACAGCUACGUGGAGCAUCUGACACAAAAGGAGAGGGGAACACAAUCGUUCAGGAACUCUGAAACAAGUUAUUUGAUCCUGGAUGAUGACCCUACAACGAAUUCUGCAAGUCCUUUAGAUGUUUCAACUGAGAUGGAUGAAAAAAAUAAUGUGUUUUCUGCACCUCUUUUUGAGACGUUGUCUAGUUUUAAACCAAAUGAUUUUGAAUCCAAACUACUUCCUUCUGAAAACAAGCCUUUGGAAACAUCAAUGCUAAGAAAAAUUAAGGAGCUUUUCACCAAGAAUAACCCAAAGGUUAUUGCACAGCAUAUUCUUAGAAUGGACUGCAAGGUGGCAAGGAUACUAGACGUUUCUGAAGAGAUGAGGAGGAUUAUGGGAGUGAACUCCGGUCUUGAACUGAUUACUUUGCCUUAUGGACAUCAAUUGCGCCUGGACCUAAUUGAAAGGCACAAUACCAUGGCAAUAGGAAUAGCUGUGGAUAUCUUAGGUUGCACAGGAAAUCUGGAAGACAGAGCUGCAACAUUAAACAAGAUCAUCCAAGUUGCAGUGGAGCUGAAGGACUCGCUGGGGGAUUUGUAUGCAUUUUCUGCCGUUAUGAAAGCACUGGAAAUGCCACAGGUCACCAGGUUAGAACAAACAUGGACCUCUUUAAGACAUCAUUACACCCAGACUGCCAUCAUGUAUGAAAAACAGCUGAAGCCAUUCAGCAAAGCUUUGCAUGAAGGACAAGAGAUGGUCAGUGUUCCACAGAACCUAACAUUGCCACUGCUGAUGCCUAUUGUUACCCUGAUGGAGCGACAAGCUGUCACUUUUGAAGGGAUGGAUCUGUGGGAAAGCAGUGACCAAAGCUGUGAAAUAAUGUUCAGGCACUUGACCACGGCUCGUCAGAUAGCACAGAAUGCAGAAACGUACAGCUUGACUGCACAACGGAUGCUGGAAGGUUUCCAGCCAGAUGAAGAGAUGAGCGAAAUCUUCAAGACAGAAUUUCAAAUGAGAUUGCUCUGGGGCAGCAAAGGAGCACAAGUUAAUCAGAAUGAAAGAUAUGAGAAGUUCAGCCAGAUUUUAACUGCACUUUCCCGAAAACUGGAACCUCCUCCAGUGAAGCAGGUGGAACAAUUAAGUAUCUAAGACUAUAAAACACUAUUAAGUGAAGAUAUACUUGAAAUAACUGUAGCUUGCUUUCAGUAAUUUGAUACUGCACAUACUUCUUGCAUUUCACAAGAUGUUUAGAACUUCUAAUUGCACAAUGCACACUUGUUUUAAAACUACUGACUUCUCCAACAAAUUAUUUAUUUACUGUGCCACUACAUCGUUAAAUGAUCCCUUUAUGCAGGUAGGUUGUCCCUGUAAAGUACUUCUUUAGCUUUCUGCAUUUCCUUAAGGUUGCAAUCUUUUGAUAAUGCCUAAGAAUAGAGGCAUCUGCAUUAUAAUUAUAUUUAAAUGAAGCAAAUAGUGUAAAUAAAGUGAUAGAUUAACUAUGUGACAGUUGUAUAAUACUCCUUAACUGGGUAUAAAACAGUGUGUAUAGAAUUGUGAAUUAAAGUAUAUCUUUAUGCAAAAUAAUCUAUAGUUGAAGAAAUUAUCUGUGACUGCAACAGAAGGCUCAAAUUUCACUUUACCUAUGGAAGUGGAAAAUUAAUUGUGUGUGUUGGGACAAUUGAAAGUUUUUUUUUCCAGACAGCAUGUGAAGCACUUUAGUUUUUGCUGGAGGCUGGGCAGCUACGCUGCCAGGAAAUGAAUGAUGAAAUGGCAAGAACAAACAACCUAGGUAAUUAAAAUGCUUUCAUAUAUGAGUAAAGGUGGGUGUACAUAUAUAUUAAAACUUACUUCACAUUCUGAGGUGAAUCACGAUAAGCAGUACUUACUUUCUUUUUUUUUUUCUUGGAUGAAGAGUUACUUCAGAUUUCAUAGAUAAUCAGAGUGCAUAAUGUUAACGUAAAGAAUGCUUCAGCAGCAAAUAUUAUAUUGUCAUUACACGUACAGACUUGAUGUAUAAGCAUUCUCAGAAAUUGUAUAAAUAAUUAGGCAAGAACUGUGGUUACAAAGUUGCAUUUGUUCACUGUAAGUAAGCCUGUCUCUGGAGUAAGAUGUUAUAGCAUUUUAAAGUACUAGAAGAGGGCAAGUAGGCAAAUGAGCAAACCAAUACCGCAAUGGUGGCAAUCAGUUCCCCUUUAGCUACAGUCACUGCAGAGGGACUACAACCAUACCAUGAGGUAACAGAGCUCCUGUUCACGUUGUCACACUGCAAAGUCUCCCUGUCAAUGUUAACAAAAAGGUUGAAGCUAAUUUUUUUAAACCAUGAAAAGAUCUUUUUAUUCCAUGAAAAUACUCUCAACAGAGAACACUAUCUUUAAACAAAGCAUUUAACAUUUAGGAAAUCAACAUGUGCACAAACAGAAGAUUAAAAAUUACUGGAAAAGGCAAGUCUUUUAGACACCUCACAUUCAGAAUUUUAGAAUAAGUGAUUUAUAACUAGCUAUGCAAGGACAGAUGUAUUUUUUCCUAUGCUUAAUAACCCUCCCACAAGUUGCACUAUCCCUAGUGAAAGCAACCUGCCUUCAAUGGAAGCAAAUCCUGGUUUUAGAAAAACAAACAGUAGUGUAAAUAGAACAUUUUGUCCUUUCCCAGGAAGUGUUAUUACUGACCUGUACGGCUGUUAGCCAGGCAAACCACAGGCCCUUUAGCAGAAAAUACACAGAUCACAUUUCUUCCUUUCCUCUAGUUUUAAAAUGAAAAAAGUACUAUUAAAAAAAAAAAACUACGUAAAUAGUUUUGUCAGUAUUGAGUAUUGUCACAUUAUAAUAUAAAUAACCCUGUAUACAAGCUCCAAAAAUCUAAACUUUAGCAUUUAAUAGCCCCCAUAAUACACUAGGUCAAGCUGUGUAAUAAUGGUAAAAAAUGAAUAAACCUCUACACAAGUCACUCAAAUUCAGUUUUACUGGUAGUACAGUUCCUAAUAACACUGAAAUUAAAAAGAAUCCAGCACUUCUCCAUCCAAAUAUUGCUUGAGACCCCACAAAAACAGGAUGUUUUGAUUAUUAUUUCCCAAACAGCAGUUGGCUGGGUAGACGAGCUUUGUUUGAUGCAAAUAUCCCCCCCGCCCAAAAUCUCUAAUCUAAUUAUUAUCACCCUAGUAGAUCAGAUAUGAUGUAUUUAUUAAUAGAACCACAAAUGGGAGGCAAGACAACAUAAAGCAACAGGGGCACUGCAGACAACUAUAUUUACACGUAUAAACAUAUCCAAAUUUCAAUUGUUUACAAGUAAAAGUGCACAUAGAUCAUUACGAAGUAUCACUCAAAUUUCAACUGGUCCAUACAAUGAAGCAUCACCUAGAAACGGACUAGCACUGCAGUAAUUUAAUUAAAAUUGGAACUUCAUAGUCAAAAAACUAAAAGAGUUUCCAUAAAAAUAGUUUUAAAAAUAUUAAAAUCAAAUUAAGAGAUACACAUCCCAAUGUAUAAAAUUCAUGAUGCACCAUGUAUCCUGUAAAGUAGAGCUCUACAAAACACCUACCAUGUCUACCUCAGCAGCUGCAGCACUGUGGAAAGAGCUGAGACACAAAGCCCUUCGUGAGAUACUGUAAGUGGUAGUGUUGGCAACAACAGAUUUAGGCACUAUAGUUUAAGGCAGCAGUAGAAUGGCAAGUGGUUGACUUCUGAAAACAGUCAUUAGCUCGCAGUGGUGAAUCUCUCUGGCGGUGUUCCAGGUUUUCAGUGCUGACAGUAGGUUACUGAAGUGCUGAAGAUGGACCACAGGUCUAGAAGUUUCUCUUGACUGCAUUGUAGGUUAGAGCUGGGAUGUAUCAUUUCCCCGAAUCAACAUAACAUAAAUACAUUACGGUCUCUUACCGGUUAUGCUAAAAACUGGAAUGUAAUGAUGGUUGUAGUGGAAAAGUUAUAGCAGCAUACAUGGAUACUGGAUGAAACUUUAGUACUGAAGGUAUUUAAAGAGAAUGAUUUGUUACAAAAUAAGAGAAGCAAUGAUGUCAAACAAGCGUUAUGCAGAUAUGCCUGACUGUCCUAGGCAUGCAAGAGGAGGUUAAGGGCGAGCAUGGAGGUGGUGCAGGCAGACUGGUAGCUGACAGGGUUCUAAAUGACUGCCAUUUAAAAUGAGUAGGAAAGAGUAUAACCAAACCAACCAGAAUGUAGCAUGAGCUAAAAUAUAGUACGGGCCUCUUUGACCACCUAUGACAAUGAAAAUAAUGUGGUUUUAGGAAGAGAGGCCUUUUUACUCUGGUAAUGGAAUCCUAUUUUCCUGCGCAAAUUUAAGAAUUUGUAAUACAUCCUUAGUUACGUAUGGAAAUGCUAAGAAUGUUAGUGACUAAAUGUAUGUCUGCAUGCAUUCAUGCAACUAGCUUUUCCCCUUGUUCAAUGGGCAUCCCAGUCUAACACCUCCCUCCCACCCCCCGCCCCAAGCAGCUGCAUGUAACCUCCUUCAAGAUCUCGCCCAUUUUCUCAGAAACCCGCUUCAGGAACCUGCAGUCCAAGAGGAAAAAGAAAAGAACAAAGUUACUGAGGGCCUUUAGAAGACAGGGAAGCGUGCUCAGUUCUAACAGGCCAUUCUCAGUGGCUAUACACUAGCCUCGUAUUACUCUCAUAAAUUCACAUUAGAAAUACCAGCAAUAGUUUCUAGAUGAAAUCAAGUAGUGCAAUGCAGUUUCCAAGCCUCAAUGAUUUAACAGUGAGGGGAACAGAAUUAGUUUAAAAAAGAAAAACCUUGAUUUCAAACUAAACAUGAUAUAAUUCAAAGACAACUUACAGGCACAGAUUAAGAAUCUAAAAUCGUUCCCUUUUCAGGAGCAAAUGGAGGUUAAAAUUGAGUAAAACACCAAGAAUUAAUUAAAUGCGGCUUUUGUUGUUGUUGGAUUUUUUUCUGGUUCAAGGUGUGUAUAGUUAAAACAAUGCAGUUGUGUCCCAUACACAACUUUCUACAUGAGAACUACAGCAAGGGGAGGAGAGGCAGGUCAGUGGACCUUCUGUCCUUUUUAAUCAUACUGUUUUCUUCCUGAGUAAUUUUGUUGAGCUUUUUGAUUCAGAAAAGAUCUUCCUGUUUAAGAAGCGAAAGAUGCCAAGUAUUUGCUAAGAAAGGAAAUAAUAAUUUUCAGUAACUGAAUUCAGUUAGUAGAGGAAUAAAACACUCGUUUAAGCAUAUAGGUUUAAGUCAGGGAAGUGAACAGUGUAUCUGAGUGGUCUUCAAAACUAAAGUAAUUUUUCAAUUCUCUGUAAAGACAAAGUAUUGUACAGAACAAGCAGGAAUCCUGGUCUUUCUCCAUUUUAUAGCUGAAUUGGAUUUAGUGCUUUGUAGAGCAGGAACAUUUUAUCAGUGAACAAAGCAGAAAGCAUUAGCCAGAAUUAUGGACCAAUUUAAUGCUGUUAUCUCUAGAAAAGCUACAGCAAACUCACAUUGCAAACAAUAGGCCAUUCCUGACUUCUGUUAUUCUCAUGCUUUCCAUGAACCUGCCUGACUUACUAUUUUUCCACUAUUUUCCCUGGAAAAUGUACACUUGAAAGUUGCCAAUUUACUGUUAGAUAUAGGUUACUGCACCUUUGCUGUUUUUCUCUAGCGUUACAUCUAUAUAAGAUGUUGGUACAUAGCCUUCCUCUCCAUUUUGUCUUCGAGCUCUUGUCCACCCAUCUCCUUUGUCCUCCUCAAUAAUGUACAAAAUUUCCCCUUCUUUCAUUGCCAGAGUGCCUUCAUUAUGACCUGGGAAAACAGAAGGCAAAGAAGACAGAAUUUCUAUUUUUUUUCUCAGAACGUAGUUUCCAGAUUACAUAUAAACAGGAAGUAUCAAAAAUCUGUGAAGCAAACAUAUGGUCAAACAGGCUGAGACAGACAAAAACCUAGUCCAAUCUCUGUAGCUGAAUAUUUGCCAAAGUUGUGCUAACUUUUCUGAAGAAACAGCAGAGAAGCAGUACUUAUGAAUUAAACUUAUUUCCACUGCUCUUAUAAGCAACCAGUUGCUCAUAAAAAUUUACAUUAAUUUACCUCAAUUCUCUGCAGCAAAACAUCCAUACCCUACAGGCAAAUUAUUUUUGAGUCAAGCAACCAUAGUAUAUGUUGUUAACCUUACCAUCAAAAGGAUAUAUUGCCUUGCAAUGUCCUAUAGCUGGUAAUGGAUCAUCAUCUUCAAACUCAUCGUCAAACUCAUUUGGAUGCGCGUGCUGCUGUGGUGGGCCUCGGACUUCCUGAUUCGCAUCAUCUGUGUAACUCCCUUCAGGGCUAUAAUGCAAUGAUCGCAGCGUGAGGAUUCUUCAGAGUUCUGAGCUCUGAAACUCUGAACAUAUAUACAUCAUAGGAAAGUGCAAGACCCUGGAUAUUUCUUUGGGAAGGCAUGUUAACAGUUCCGGAAGUGAUCUUCUGAAAGUGUUUUGAUCUAACAACAAGGGCUUGGGCCAAAUUCUCUUACAAAACCAAAGAAAUCUGACAUACCUGUCUUUGCAAAACACGGAAAACAGGUCAGUGUAACGUAAUGGAAGAAGACAGCAUUAAAAGGUACUAUGAGCAGGUGUUACAGUUCAACUCUCCAUUUUUCUACAUUACCAUGAUGAUCUAAGUGACCUCUAGAAUUUAGAACUAGUAAGAAAGAUUAUCCUUUGGAAGGACAAAAACUUUCAGAGGAUAAGGAGCAACCUUCUAUUAACUAUUGGAGAGAGAUACUGAUUCUAGCACAGAUUUAAAAGCAGUAGAGAUAGAAUAGAAUAGUGACCUCUCUCUGCCCUGUGUUACAAGGUGGUUGAUAUCACUGCUGUGUCGCCUGUCAGUUCUGGCUGCUACUUUUCCUUCAACUUCAGAGAGCCAGGCCUUGAAGAAAAGAAGACAAAUACUGGUAUCAAGAUGAACGCUGAUCCUAAACCAGCAACUACAAUUUAAAAAAUGCACUUAACUACAUACUGUUUAGUUGUUGGUGUACAGCCACAGAGGGACUGUAUUCAUCUAUGAAGUCUUGAAAUUAUUUUAUAUGAAGCAUGAACCUAACCCCCUCUGCUUAGCCUAUACUCUGUACUGGAGUUAAGUAACAGAGAAAAAAAAUCUGUAACCACCUAUGACUUGCAGAAUAAUUCAUUCAUAAAUUCUUCUCAACAUCCUGCAUCUACUAUAAAGUACACUGUCAUUCCAGCUAGACUAACAUUUCUGAAAAUAGAGCACCCCACAGAAAAGUGUAUUGGGAGAUCUUGGUUUAAUCAAGUAGUUUCACAGCUGAUAUGUAACCCAUAAGGCAAUGUACCAUAAUAUUAUCAUUCAUGUACAUUUUCUAAGAAAUUGCUUUAGAUUCUAACCUCAUUCUUGUGUAUUUCCAUCCGCAGGCGGUCCAUGUUGCUCAUUGUCUCAGCUAACUUUGGCUGUAAACUGCUUGGAUCACCCAUCUGGGGAUUUUUUUCAUAAACAUCUCUCAUCUUGAUGAGGGCAUCUCUAACAUAGAAAACCCCACAAUAAUUAUACAAAUUAUAUAUACCUGUACUAGUUCCUUAAAGCAAAGAUAAUGUUUACAUUUGAAAUCUUAGCCCAUGAUUACAGUUCACAGAUACUAAACAAAGAUACUAUACUGGAGCAGGAGGAUGCAAUGUUAGCGGAAUCUACGUAUGGCAGAUCUUCAAUUAAAAAUAUUUUCACUAGCUUAGAAUAGCUUAUUCUCUCCUAAUUUUUGAAGUUUUUGGCUAAAGCAUAGGACUUUAUGAUGCACUCACUUUUGGUCAGUUUCCUUCUGUAGUUCUCUGUUGAGUUCAUCAAUUCUCUGCUGAAGUUUCUUGCGUCUCUGUUCUGGAGGAAGGUGGCUGAAGUCUUCCAGUGCAGGGCCCUGAAAAAAUACAUACUAUUACACAAGUAACACACGCAUCAAGGCAGCUGAACUGACAUACCCACACAUGAACGGUGUUCACUGGAAGCAAGAUGGACCUUCUCAGAACUCUACUUGACACACAGCUCUUUAAAAGACCACAACAGAAUUGAUGCGUGUUCUUGGUGCUAUCCUGUAGUCACUCAUUCAAGGUUCUUUCUACCUUCUGUAACAGCUGGCUUGGUGUUGCGAUUAAUAAUUUGUAGAUUAAGCACUAAUUAGUCUAAGAAACUGAGCCACGAAACUUCCUAGUUUAGCCACUGCCCCAGUGCAGAUGUAACAAAACCAACAUUACUUACUGAACAUUUAUUUCAGUCAGAAGAAAAAUCUAAUGUGUAUAUAGCACAUAGGUAAUUGAAUCUUUCCACAGACUGUGUUUUCAAUGGCUACUUGGAUGCUGUCAAAAAAAGAACACUGUCAUUUGGACCUUUGUUCCAAAAUAUUAAUAAUAUAGUUCUCUUUCAGAAGCUCAUCAAUCUUGCUAGAAAACAUAUUAAAAGAAUCUCAAUUGGACUUACAAAGUUCUGACACAUUUUCCCUAGAGUAAAAUCAGUUCACAGAGCAUAGAAUUUAUACAAGCCAACAAAACUUGAUCAUAUAUUCCAAGUAACCUUCUUAAUUACAAAAAAGAACAUUUCAAAGGAGGGAGAAAAACCUGCUAAUUCUCAAUUUUUAUUAUUAUCUUUUUAAACUUAAGGCCAAAUAUUGGUAUGAGCCCACAUUUGCAAAGGUUUGAUUGCAAGCUUGUGCUAAGAUUAUAAAUAGUAUGGUAGAAUUGGCAUGUAAUAAAGCAUGGGAGGAGAUUUUUACCAAUCAUGUGAAAUUGAUGUGCCAACUUUCCUCCAUGAGCAAUAGACAUCUAAACUGCUUAUUAAGAAGGAAAUAUAGUACACAUACUGGUAACAAAGUUACAUUACUUUCUUACAAAUAUUUGUAGGUCAAAAAAACCUGCUUGCCAUUACAGAGACCCUCCACAGAUGUAAAAUGAGCUGGACAGCAUUUCUUUUGACAGGAAGCCUAAUAAACAUUGCUGUCAAGAUUUUGACACAAACGGCCUUAGGUCCAGGUGCAGUUCUGGGUUUCUAGAUUCCCCCAUCUUAAUGAUCUUCUUGCCCCUCAACUUCUUGGCUCUCCUCCACUUCUAAAAUCCUAAUCUCUCUUACUUUCUAAGAUGGAAAUACACGAGCCCAUUAAAAAGAAAAAAAAAGGAAACCAAAGAUCAAAGUAUGGUGUUUCAAAAACAAAGCAAGAGUGUUUCUUAGAAAACAAAAAGGCUUUCAGGUGCUUCCACACGCUACAGAAAAACAGAUAAUCACGUCCUUUGUAUCGUUGUUCCUUACAGGUCAAUUAAUUAAAACCAGUGAGUAAUAUUCAGAGGAACACAGUUAUUCAUGUGAUUUUUUUUACUUUUUUACUCUGCAAAGUUACAAUAUCGAUUAAGGGGCAUUUUUUUAUUUAAUAUAAAAGCUUUCUAGUACUCCUAAACAUAAAGGAUCAUCUCCUCUGUAAAUGUCAGGUUGAAUUCAAAUGCAUGAAUUUUGCAAUAUUCACUAUUCCUCUUUUAAACAAGUCUUGUAAUCUUUUUGUAUACUCUUAUUUUAUGCUGCUUUAAAAAUUAUUUCUGAAACAGAGAAAGCAUAAGUAUUUCCAUCAUCAUCAGCUGAUGAAUGCUGGUCAACCUUAAAAUCCCAAAACCACAGAAUAAACUGCAGACAGAUCACAAGUCUCAUUAUCUCAUGUUAAGCAUGUGGAUGGUUAAGAACAUGACUGUGUAUGAGAAUGGAAAGUCUGAAGAUGUAUUCCAGUGCCUGACUUAGAGCAGUUAUGAUAUGGAAACACUUUCAGAAGAUUACUUUCAUGCUAUCUUAGCAGAAGUACAGCAGACAGAUCAGCACACGGGCUUACCGUCUUCACCGACCACUGCACAGUUCAUUUGAAAACAGAAAGAAACGGGAAAUUACUCACAUGUAACGACCAGUUACAAAAAUGAUUAAUGCCUAAAAAUGUAUCUUUAAAGUAUUAAACAUUAAUAUUUUAAACUAUGAAAAUACGUUCUACUACGAGCACAAGAACAGCAAAAGACAAUCAGGAAUGCACUUCUGCGCUAAGCAUUAUAGAUUUAAAAAAAUCAGUAGAUGAGAAUAGGUAGUUUAACUUACAAAACUAUAAAACACAACUUCUUUAAACUAGGGUUUAGAUUUGAGUGUUCAAAUGAUACACUUAACAAGCUUUUACUGUGGCAGAAGAAACGCACACAGCCAACACUGCACAAAAUAGCAGAAUUUGAUGAUGAUGAAGGACUGAUCAGCCACAUACAAAUAGCUUUUUACAGCAAUCCACUACCAUCACCUUUACAAAGGUAAUUUACACCUUAUUAUCACAGAAUGCUACAAUAAACAAAGACCUUUUUCAAGUUAAUGAUUUUACUUUUUGUAAACAAACAUUUGGGUCAGCACUGCUACCCUAGAAUGUUUUAGUUAUUCAACCUGGAAGAAGUAAAUAAACAAAAGCACAGCUUUGCUUUAACAUUCACUAUGCUUUCCAUGACCUUUUAUAAGCCUUUCCAGAGAAUGGCUAAGGAACUUAGGAGAUAGACAGAUAUCUGCAUUGAUAUGACCUUUAGCGAUUGCUAUGACUAUUGAUGAUUAGAAUUUCUAGCAAUAAAGAAAACAAACAUCCUUCACAAAUGAUACCAUGGUAGAAACCUCAACAAAGUUCAAAGCUGUACAAUGGCUACAGAAUAAACUACUUUUUCUCUCUACAAAGAGCCUUCUAAGAAAAUGCAAAAUAAGAUUUAUGUAUCACUGUUCACAACACAACCAUGUAUGUAUCAAGCAGCAGUGAGGAAAGACCUUGUAAGUAAAUGGAAAUGAUGAUUUUGAAAACAAUAAGCUGCAUGGAGUAACAGUAUUAAUGAAAGGGAGGUGUGGCUAUUCCUAAGGCUUUCUUCCAUAGCCUGUUAAUUUUGUAUAGAGAGAGAACUUCAGCUACUGCACACUAUGUUCUAUGUACAGCAGAUGGCAGGAAAAAUCCUAAUGCAUAAAGCACAGAAUGAGAGCAGCUCAGUUUUGUGAUCUCUAGUGCUUCAAAUGACAUCUGGGGCAUAAAAAGCAGCAUGUCUGGUAUGCUUAUUACCUGAUCUUUGCUCAUGGAUAAAUCUCAAAGCAAAUUAAAACACCAUUUGAAAGUUGUGCCUGUCAAUUCUAUUUGGACAUAGUUUUCCAGGGAUAAAACCAUGGAAAACAGCACUUUGUAUUAGGAACUAUUAAGAAUAGAACAAACAGUAUUUCAAAGAUAAAACUGGUCAAUGACAUAAAAUCUAUUAAAAUUACAGCACACAUUUAAAGACAUUUGAUAUGUGAGGUCUUUAAAUGUUUGCAAGGUAUUUCAAACCACAUAAAACAAAAUAUUCAUCUGGAAGACUUAGAGAUUUCAAAACAUUUGAUACUGCAGGAUAACGGAGAUCAUCCACAU